AUGAGACGAGAUGAACGCCCCGACGUUUACGAGUGGCAAGUCUUACCCUUCGGUACCGCCUGCUCACCGUGCUGUGCCACUUUCGCACUUCAGAUGCACGCGAAAGAUCAUGCUGGGACAGAAGAGGGAAUGAGACAUUCAGUGGAACACUGCUUUUAUGUGGACAACUGUCUCCAGAGUGUGCCCACCACAGAUGAAGCCAUGGCGUUGGUUGACAGUCUCAGGUCAGUGUUAUCCUCUGGAGGGUUUGAGAUCAGGCAAUGGGCUUGCAAUAAGCCGGAAGUUCUUCAGCACCUCCCACCAGAAGCAAGGUCAGAUAGCAUAGAGGGAUGGCUAUCAAAGAAUGAGUCUGGAUUGUCAGAACCGAUCCUCGGGCUCAGUUGGCAGUGGGAGACAGACACUUUAGGCUACAAGAGUCGGACUCUGGAGUACAAAGUGCUGACCAUGAGAAAUGUCUAUAAAGUGUUAGCCAGACAGUACGACCCCCUGGGAUUUAUAGCUCCCUACACAACUCGCGCCAAGCUGAUUGUCCAAAGCAUGUGGGACAAACCGCGCAAUUGGGACGACCCCCUCUUACCUGCAGGCUUGCAACUGGCAUGGAUGGAGUGGGAAUCUGAGUUGCCCUUGCUGGCGAGUAUUUCACUGCCCAGACCUUAUACUCCCACUCAUACCCAACAGGGGAUUGCCUCUCGGCAGAUUCACGUGUUUAGUGAUGCCUCCGAAAAGGCGUAUGGGUCAGUGUCUUACAUGAGGACAGAGGAUGCCCAGGCUCAACUUGCUAAGACCAUAGAGAGAGAGCUGACGGUGAAGUUGGAUCAGAUGGAUCAGAUCAGUGACUCGACAACAGUGCUGACAUGGUUGCGGUCUGAGUCCUGCCGCUUCAAGGUGUUCGUUGGUACUCGUGUGGCGGAGAUCCAGGAGCUUACCGCAGAGUGUACCUGGCGCUAUGUGGACUCCGCACAGAACCCAGCAGACGAUGUCACCAGGGGAAAGACCUUAGCAGAAUUAGGCAUGCCUAAUCGUUGGAGUCAAGGCCCAUCCUUCCUCUUCAAAGGACCUGCCGAAUGGCCAUCCUUAUCAGGAGAGGUGUCAGAACUUGAUACCUCAGAAUACAGGAAGCCAACUUCAUGUGGAGUGGUAUCCAGUGUGGAUAGACAGGAAACCCCUCCGGAUCAGUCAUACUCGUCAUGGAGAGCUCUGGUAGAGGCAGUAGCGAAGGAGGCUCAUGGGGCGGCGGACCCAGAGAAGUCCUUGUCUGCAGGGGACUAUCGGCAAGCAGAGUUGACUGUUUUCCGUAGGUGUCAAUCAGAGUGCUUUACCGAUGAGCUGCGUCGUCUCAAAGCUGGAAGAAUAGUAUGUCGGAGCAGCCGGCUUCUUACCCUAUCCCCAGAGCUAGACCCGGUGGAGGGAGUGAUACGAGUAGGAGGUAGACUCCGACGUGCAGAGUGGCUGGACCCUGCGUUCAAGCAUCCAAUUAUUUUGGACCCUUCGCAUGGCACAACUAAGCUGCUUAUCCAAGAUUAUGAUGCACGUCUAUGUCACCCAGGACCAGAGCGGGUCUUCGCAGAAAUACGGCGUCACUUCUGGAUCCUCCGAGGUAGAGAGGCGAUUAAGAGGGUUCAACAUCAAUGUCAAGAGUGCAGGAGAUGGAAAUCCAAGCCGUCAAUCCCGAAGAUGGCUGAUUUACCAGUAGCCCGUCUACGGUUGUACAAGCCGGCGUUCUACUCGACUGGAGUAGAUUGUUUUGGACCAUUCCAAGUCAAGCUAGGGAGGCGUUCAGAAAAGAGAUGGGGUAUCAUUUAUAAGUGCCUCACCACCCGAGCUGUGCACUUGGACCUCAUACACGGGAUGGAUGCCGACUCCUUUCUGAUGAGUCUCAGAAGAUUCAUUGCCCGUCGAGGGACUCCAGCGGAGCUCUACUCAGAUCAGGGUACGAAUUUUAGAGGAGGUGAGAAGGAGCUCAGUGAAUGCUUCCGCGGUAUGUCCUCAGAUCUCCGACAACUUCUUGCCAAACAGAAGAUUGAUUUCAGAUUCAAUCCUCCUGCCGCACCUCAUUUUGGGGGUACGUGGGAGCGGGAAAUCAAGUCUGUCAAGACAGCUUUGUACACGGUCAUAGGAGUUCAGCCAAUCUCUGAAGAGGUACUGCACACAGUUCUUUUUGAAGUUGAGGCUAUCUUAAAUUCAAAGCCGCUGGGUUACACCUCAUCUGAUGUUGUUGACUUGGAUGCCAUAACCCCAAACGUCCUCCUCAUGGGGCGGCCUGAUGGGGCACUGCCUCAAGUAGUGUAUCCUAGGAGUGAGGGACUGAGCAAACGGAGAUGGCGACAUUGCCAAGUUAUAGCGGAUCACUUCUGGGCCAGGUUCAUUCAGAGUUAUUUGCCGACCUUGCAGCACAGGCAGAAGUGGCAUGGAGCCCCAGAGGAUCUGAGAGUGGGCUCAGUAGUUCUGUUGAUAGAUCCGCAGUUCCCCAGAGCACUCUGGCCCAUUGGUAGAGUGGUUGCAGUACAUAGCAGUGCAGAUGGUCACGUGAGGUCUGCAGAUGUCCAAGUCAAGGAUAAGGUCUAUACCAGGCCUGUUGCCCGGAUUAUUACUCUUCCGGCAAUCCCUGAAUCAGAGGAGGAUGAGCGAUGCACUCCAAUGGCCACCGAUUCAACUUAGCCUUUUACAGAGACAAAUUGCAUGCAAUUUGGGGGCGGCUGUGCAAAAGGCGAUAAAGAUACUGAUGGUGCGCUGUCGCAUUGACUCUGUUGGAGACUUUGAUUAUGAAAGACGCGCAUCACGUAGCGGUACGCUACGGGCAGAUGUCAGUAUGAGGAAGCUGACAGUCUGUGUCUGUGGCAGUUAGCGAUCGGUCUCUCUGCAUAACGAGCACCAGAGACGUGCAGGACCAAUUUAUCAGCCUCAGCUUGACUGUAUUUUGUGCCGUGUGCGUCCUAUAGGAAUAAACCACACACAUCCACAAAACCUGUACUCAUAUGCCCUGCAUAUCUCUACAAUCAUACAAUCAAGCUCCUGUCCGUUGAUAAUCAUCCAGUCUGUCGUGAGUCAAACCAACUGCAGUAAAGAUUGCACGGCAGAUAGCCUGUACAUUUGAUUCCCUCUGGAAGAAUAUAACUCACUCAUGAUUCAGCCUCUCCAUCUCUAUGCGCUCGGCUGCUGUCAUUACAGAGACUGAACAGAGCUAAGAAUAUUC